UUAUUUGGAACACAUCACUUCACUGGAGCUACAUAAAACCGUGAGAAAAGUGCAUUUGAAUCAUCUGCAGAAACCAUACGAAGCGUGCGGGUGUUAUAUUUAUAUUCUGGAGCGGUUUUGAAAAAAUAAGUUUCAUUUUUCAAGUAAGAUGACUCGUUUAGCGGCGAUCCUUAUUGUGGCCACUAUCGGGGUUUCGGGAGUUUUCGGAGAACACAAGGCGAACCUUGAAACUUGGCUGAGCUCCAAAAUGCCGCUGUCGGAAAGCUUCCUCGAAAAAGUAUUCGGAGAUUUCACUCUUGAGUACGGCAAAAAGUAUGACCCGAUCGAGAAAUCCGUGAGGUAUUCUCAAUUUGCGAAAAACAUCCGGAAAAUUCAAAAACUCAACGCUGAGGAGACAGGAACUGCCACUUACGGAAUCAAUGAAAUGACCGAUUGGACCCAAGAAGAGUUCCUUGCAAAACGGGCCAACGCGAAACCGGAGACGUUUUUUGGGAUUGAGGCUCUUCCUGUGGUCAAUGUCACAGCGUCUCAGUUAGCACAGAUCCCGGUUAGCUUCGACUGGCGACAACUGGGCAAGGUUUCCCCUGUCAAAGACCAGGGAAUCUGUGGAUCUUGUUGGGCUUUUGCAACCGUGUCCGUCAUGGAAACGGCUAAGGCGAUCAAAUACGAUGUCCUCCAGAACAUGUCCGAGCAACAACUUCUGGAUUGUGACAAAAAAUCUGAAGGCUGCAGAGGAGGUUGGAUGGAGUACGCUUUUCAGUCGAUCAAAGACAAAGGCGGUUUGAUGAGUGACGAAAAGUACCCAUACGAGGGCAGGCAGUAUCGCUGCAGAGUAAAACCUAAAAAAGUGGUGGCCAAGUUGGCGGAAGUCAUGAGAUUCGCGGACGGGGACACAAGUGAGAUGACAUACUGGAUCGCUACCUCAGGCACCUGUUCCAACGCCAUGAAUUCUGAAUCGCUCCAGUUUUAUAAAAAUGGCAUAAUUCGUAACGCAGGGUGCAGGGGUCGAGUAAAUCACGCCGUGGUUCUCGUAGGAUACGGCACGGAAAACGGUCAACAUUUCUGGAUCGUCAGGAAUAGCUGGGGCAAGAAAUGGGGUGAAGAUGGUUACUUUAGAAUCGCAAGAGGGGUGAACGCUUGUAACAUCGAACAGUACUCUUGGGGUGCCACUAUCAUGUGAGGAUAGGAAAUUUGUCUAAUCACACUGGUCCAAAGCUGUAAUUUAAGACUCAACCCAAAAAUGUAUCACUCUAUAAUAAAGGUCGGUACAGUGUUUUGCAGCUCUCGGAGCCCUGGAGAAAGUUACUUUUCGCCCUUUUGGUCCCACAUGUAGACAUACUUGAGAGCAAACAACCUCACUUAAGAGUCUACCUUUGAUUUUUCAUAUCAUUGUUAAAUUUGGUGUGUGAAUAUAGUUCCGCGAUGCUGGACGCCUAAAACCAUAGACUGAUACCAUACCACCUGAACCAUAGAUAGUUUCACACAAAAAGGAGAGGAUCAUCGUCAUACUUCGAUGUUACGUGUGCAAUAUUCAUGGCUACUGGCACAACUCUUUUGACAGAAAGGUCGACAUUCAAUGCUGCAAUCUUCAUCGAUCCAUGGAUUAAGACUCAAAUUAAAAUUUAAUUUUAUUAUGAUCGCGAAGCAGCUUCAAGGUUUUUAAAUCAGUGACAAUACUUGAGAGAUAUGAUUAAAUCUUUUAUUUUCAGAACAUUCUGGGAUAUAUGAAAAUGGACCAAUGCGAAAAUCUUCAAUGCAUAAGAUAUAUACGGAUGAAAGACGAGUCACUUUAUAACAUAAUGUAUAAUCAUACAGUAUCAUUUCUUACACUUUAGUUCAUUCUUGUUAGUAACAAAUGUACACCAUCGUUAAUACAACAUACCGGGAAAAUGAAUGUAAUGUGAAAUAAAAGACCAAUUACAAAAUCAA